AUGGAAAUACAGGCUGCAGAAAGCAACAGAGAAAACAGCACAGAAGUAGCAAGCGGCAAGGAGAGGAAAAGAGGCUUUGGCCUUCCAGCAGGCAUGGUGCAGCACUUUGCAGACCGGGGAAUCGCGCAGGAGGAGCUUGCGCAGAUGGGAAUAGACGAGGUGCUUGCACAGACUGGCCAGCUUGAGGGAAAGGCGCUGAACAAGGCAGUGCAGACCGUGCUGAAAACAACGCGAAGCAUGGAGCAGCUGCGCGCACGGCUGGAGAUGCUCACAGGAUACAAAGGCACAGAAGACGUGUGCACGAGCGUGCUAAACAGUGUGCUGCAUGCACACAGACACACGCUGUAUGCAGGAGGGCCUGAAGGAGUCCUGGAGUAUGCAUACACGCUUGCCAUAGACGCAGAGCACGCGAAUGUGAAGCACGUGGGGCGGGUUCUGCUUGCACACGCGCCAGCAGAGGACGCAGCCGUUGCAGCCCUUGUGCAGAGGGAGAUGGAGAGGUUCUUCCCCGACACAGAGGGGCUUGGGCCAGGAGAGGAAGAGCGCAUGGAGAAGCAGAUCUUCCUGUUCUCCGGAACAAAGAAGAGCCGGGAGGCACUGCGCGAGUACAUAUCAGUGCGAGCAGAGGCGCUGUGCGUGCUGGCAAAGAGAUGCGAGUCUCCGCUGCCCGUGUGGAAGAGAGUGCUCGCUAUAUACAAGAAGGUGCACAAAGAGACAGUUCCAGAGGAGAAGGUGCGCGCGCUUGGGCUUGCAGUGCUCAGAACACAGCGCGGAGAGCAGGCUCUUGUGGAGGCCACGUCGCAGUACGUGCAGAGCAUGCGCACGGGCGUGCACGACUUUGUGUAUGCACAGGCACUCCUGUCCGCGCUGCAGACGCUUCCAGAGAGCAGCGAGACAGUGCAUGCGAUAGAGAAGCUGUGCAUAUACGCGCUGACAGAGAAGGCAUGCACAGUGCACUCCCUGAGAGGCAUGGGGAUCGCGCGGCUGCCCAAGGAGAGGCUUUUGUCUGUGCUUGGAAAGAUCCGCCCAGAGAAGAUCAACCUCCAUGCGUUCACACCAGUCGCGAAGCAGGCAGUGCGCGCGCUAAAAGACGCGCCAGAGAGCCUGGCUGCGCUGGAGACAUACAUGAGCACAGUUCUGGCAGCGCGGCACCACAGCGGGCUAAAGGGAGUUCUGCUGCAUGUUACUGCAACACUGCACCCGGAGAAGACGCAGAAGCCUGUGAGGGCGCCAAGAAGCCCAAGAGAAGCACCGCAGGAGGAAAAUGCAUCACAGCCAGCAGCUACAGAAGAGAGUACUCUGUAG